UUAGAUGCCAAGUCAGCUGCAUCCCUUGAUGAGGAACUCAUGGCGACACCUGGUUUUACUCUUGAACAGCUCAUGGAACUGGCAGGUCUCUCGGUGGCGGAAGCCGUUUAUACUGUUGCUCAACAGAAAUGGCCCCUCGAUCAGCGGCAGAUUCAGCCGCAUGUUCUCCUCGUCUGUGGACCAGGGAACAACGGAGGCGAUGGGCUUGUGGCGGCUCGUCAUCUGGUAAUGUUUGGUUACGAAUGUACCGUUAUAUACCCGAAACAGAGUAGCAAACAGCCGCACUACGAAAACCUCGUCACCCAGUGUCGUGAUGUUGGUGUAAAGAUCCAGGGUGAAUUGUCGGAGGAAUUUCUCCAGAGCCAAACGCCCUUGGUGAUUGUUGACGCAAUAUUUGGAUUCUCUUUUCACGGAGAACCACGGGCGCCGUUCGAUACCAUUCUGGCGCAAAUGAAGCGCGCUCAAAAGGACAACGACACUAUUAUCGUGUCCGUGGACGUGCCAUCUGGCUGGGAUGUAGAUGAAGGAGAUGUAUCUGGAGUGGGUCUUGUUCCCGACGUGUUGGUUUCCUUGACAGCGCCCAAAAAGUCAGCCCGGUCUUUUCAAGGCAGACAUUUUGUGGGUGGACGCUUCCUGCCGCCUGCCUUGGCAAACAAGUACGGCGUCAACAUGCCUCCAUACCCCGGUGUACAGCAGGUAAUGGAAGUC